GCUCUCAACACAAACAUAUAGUCAUCUCUUCUAUCUAUCUAUCUUUCCAUAUCACCUUCUCAGUUCAAGCUAGGCAUUUCGAUUUCCUGUUAAAGAGAGAUAUAUAAGGAAGGAUGAUGAGCAAAAUUCCGGUGGUGGAGUUCUCGCACGAUUGCCUGAAACCAGGGACUGAAUCCUGGCUCCAGGCUGCCAAGACAAUCAUCAAGUCCCUCGAAGACCAUGGCUGCUUCAUAGCCGACUACAAGGACGUCUCCCUCGAUCUCCAUGACACCAUCUUCAGUGUCUCCAAGGAGCUGUUCGACCUCCCCCAUGAGACCAAAAUCAAGAACACUAACCUCAAACCCUCCCAUGGAUACAUUGCCAAGGUCCCCGGGACUCCCCUUGUCGAAGCCCUUAACAUCGACCAUGCUGAAACCCUAGGGGAAUGCCGGAACUUCACCAACCUCAUGUGGCCUGCCGGUAACGACCGUUUCUGCAAAGCUGCCUAUUCAUAUGCGCAGUUCAUCGAGAAGCUGGAGGCAAUGGUGAUGAGGAUGGUGUUUGAGAGCUACGACCUUGAGAAAUACUACAAGUCUUACACAGAUGCCGCCACGUUACUUCUCCGCUUCUUGAAGUACAAGAAACCUCACGAUGUCGAGUCAAACAUAAACCCGAUCGCGCACACGGACAAAAGCUUUAUAUCAUUCUUGCACCAGAACAACGUGAGGGGACUUGAGGUGAUGACUAAAGAUGGAGAGUGGUUCACCUUCGAGCCUUCUCCUUCUUCCUUCAUGAUCAUGGCUGGUGAUGCAUUUGUGGCAUGGAGCAAUGGGAGGAUCAAGGCUUGCUACCAUAGAGUUGCAGUGAGGGAGGAGCAUGAAGUCAGAUACUCACUUGGGGUGUUCUCAUAUCAAAAUGGGAUGAUAAAAACACCCGACGAGCUCAUCGACGAAAAGCACCCCCAGCAAUUCAAACCAUUUGAUCACGUUGAUUUCCUCUGCUACUAUGAUUCUAGCGACAACCGAAUUAAGGCCCAGAGCCUCAUCAAGACUUAUUGUGGGGUUUAGAACCCGACUCGAUCCAUGGUUUAGUCGAGAAUAAGUUCCAGGGAGUCUUUCUUUCUUCCUCUUUCUGUCCUAAAAAAAAAAUAAAUACAUUUUGGCAUC